CUCAAGACGCUUAUCACGUCAUUAUAACUUUGUCUCGUUACAGUGAAUCAUGAAUGUGGGGGAAGAGGAUCUGUGUUAUAAAGCACAUGAAAUGGAAGUGGAGGAAGACUUUUACCCGUUUGGCUUGAGCGCUGAUGAAGAUGCGCAGGUGUACAAGGACAACGGGGAUCUGUUCACGGCGCACGAAGUUCUGCUGGCGGCUCGGCUCGGCAACGCGCUGCUCUUAGAAAACCGACAGCUGAAGGAAGACAGACAGACACUUCAUGACAAAUACACACAGCAGCUGGAGGAGCUGCAGCAGGGCAGGUAUGAGCUGCAGGUGAAGCUGGACAGCUGCCAGGCACACUGGGAGAGUCAGGUGGGCGAACUGGAGCGGGAUGCACGGGAGCUACAUUCUCAGGUGGAAAGACUGACGCAUAGCCUGUGUGAGGCAGAGAAAGAAAAGACCAGACUGAAGCAUGAACACAGUGAACAGAGCAACAGACUGCGAGAACAGCUCCGGAGGGCAAUGGAGGUAGAGCAAACCGUGACCUGCAAGUUGAAGAGAUUGAAAGAUGAAAUGAGAGAGAGGGGGAACUCCAGACCCGAGGAUGAAGAAGUUAUCAGCGCUCUUAGAGAACAGAUAGCGCGUCUCGUGCAGCGAGAGCAAACACUAGAGCAGCGCUUGAAGACAUCGUGUCAAGAGAAUGAGGACAUACGAGAGAGUGUGUCCUCUCUACACACACGCCUGGAUUUCCAGGAACAACAGUGUCAAACACACACUCAACAGCUGGCAGAGGCCUGGCGUGAGGUGGAGUCAUCCCGUGCUCGGACGCAGGAGCUACAGUCUCAGGUAGAUGAGCUCCAGGAGGAGGUGGCCCUCCGGGAGAACAGCCACCAUGAUACAUCGUUAUUGUCUGAGCUUGAGAACAGCCUGGACGCUUUGAGCCGGAGCCAGGACAAUGAACAGGAAAUGAGAAGGUCCAUUGUGGGAGAAGUGAGCGAUCCUUGUGAGAAUUCGGCCGGACUGCAGGAGCUACAAGAUCAGAAUGAGCGAUUAAUAGUGGAGAACACGGAGUUAAAGGCACGUGCUGGGAAAAUGCUGGAUGAGGAAGUAGUCCGACAGGCCUUAAAGGACCGCGACGAUGCUAUCGUGAAGAAGACGGCUAUGGAAGCAGAACUGCUGAGGACUAAACAUGACAUGAUGUGCCUAAACAACCAACUCCUGGAGGCCAUUCAACGUAAACUCGAGCUGUCUCAGGAACUGGAGGCCUGGCAGGACGAUAUCCAGAUUAUCAUCAAUCAACAGCUGAAGAGUCAACAACAGACAGAACAGCUGCAGAAAAGGUCGACAGGUCGCAUGUCUUUCCUCCACAGGUCCAGACGGACCUCGACUAUAACGGAGACUGGUCCAGGGCAAAACCAGUCACCUUGGAGAGACUGGCUGAAACUCCGCAAAUAAACUCUUACUGAUAUCUGCCCACGCCAGGAUUGCCUGCAGACUGUUCCCUCAACAGCGUAGACGUGAGAAGAAAGAAAUGCCAAAGACACCGGACAGGUCAGAAGAACAUUUGGGAGAAUGGACAGACUAGGAUUGCAUUGAUCUCGGAGACCACGGACCUGUUUAUUUCGGAAGAAGUUCUAUUUUGAAAAUAAAAGCUUAAUAUUUGAUACGUAUUAUGACAGGCUUCAUGAGAACUGUUUAUUGUGUUAAAAUGAAACUUGUAUGCUGUUGUCAUAUGAGGAAGAAUGAAACAUGCGCAACGAUCAUGCAGGUCAUGAUCGUGUUAUUGAUAUUUGUUCAGUUUUAUAUAGUAACAUUACAGAAUAAGAUUUAAUUUUGUACUUUUGAAAUGAUCAAAAACAUGAUGACGCAUCACAAUAAGUUUUAGUAAGGUUAACAGUAUUGAAAUGAAAUGAUGCGACAGUUGGUUUAAAAUAUGUAUGUAUAUAUGCAGAGAUUAGCCAAGAUUUAUAAAUGUUAUAAAAGUAUUGUUUAUUGUUAUGUCAUGCUUGUAGUAUUAAUGUCAUUGUAAAGUGUUACUGCUAUAAUAAUUUGUUAUUAGAACGGUCACUGUAAUGAAAUGCUUUUUUAUGUUCUCUAUGUACUUUACGUAAUGUACAUUUUGUGAUCUGACAGAUUUUGUAAUAGAAUUUUUUACAGUUGUACUACCUUUUCUUAUUAGAAUACUUGGGGCAUUCUUCAUUCGUGAUGUCCCUCUACUUUACAGUUAAAAUAAACUUUAAAUGAUCAAAUGUUUGUAUUUUGUACAAUAAACACCAUUUGUGCACUA